AUGCAUUUCCCUCGUCGAUAUCUUGCUUCGAAGCUCUUCUUGGGGUUCGUCUUUCUUUGGUCCUAUGCUACCACAUGCUCCGCCACGCUUGCUUUCACAAAGUAUCCAUCGACGAUAGCGGCUGGAAGCAGCACUGAGCUGUCAUGGACGAGUGACGAUUCUAGUACGCCCGUAUCUAUCAAUCUGAUGAAAGGACCUGAGAACGAUCUGACGAACGUGAUGACCAUCACAGCGUCGGCCAAAAGCGUAUCAUUAGCAUGGACAGUACCUUCAUCGCUCGAUCCUGGGUCCGACUAUAUACUGCAGCUUGACCAAGGAGACAAUGUCAACUAUUCUGGUCAAUUCGAGAUAACAGGGGGCACGGUAGCUAGUACUGCUGCUCCUGCAGCGUCAUCCGUUGCUGCUACUGUAGCGACAACCCCCGUUGCCAAGUCGUCUUCAACUCCGGAACCCUCAUCGACUGCAGCGCUGUCAACAGUGGCACAAGCCAGUAGCACGGCCUCGUCAGAAAACACACAUGCUUCCAGCGGACUUUCCUCCACCAGUAGCGCUGCAGUCUCUUCAUCCGCGAGCGUCGCAUCUACCCCCUCAACUAACGCAUCCCCAACCUCGACAUCCGCGUCCUCAGCUUCCUCUCAUUCGCCCACAUCCACGACUUCCUCUACAACCACCUCAAGGGCUGCCAGCACCGGUCUCACUGCCGGCGCAAAAGCCGGCAUCGGCGUUGCCGUUCCCCUGGGUGUUAUUGCUAUAGCGUUAGGCGCCUUCUUCCUCGGACGGCGGAGGAAUACCACGAAGCCCACACCAAGUGAUGAGGAGGGAUAUACAGCGCGGCAUGAGCUGGACGGAAAGGGCGUCCCACCUACCGAGCUACCAGUCGCUCAAUGGGACGAGAGAGGGGGGUAUUGGCGGACGCAACCGACUGCUUCAGCAGCUGAGUUGCCUACGAGGGAUAAUAAGCAUGAAUUGGCGGCAAGGGAGGUGGGGAGAUGAAAAUGAGUAAAUAUCAUCAGUAACUAUAUGUAAGCACCUUCAAACAUGC